CCUAACUCUCUCACCAAAGAUAUCUCACCUAACCCUCUCACCAAACACAUCUCUAGAACUCUAAAGCUCUGCAACUAUCAACUCUGUAGAAAACCCCAAACCCUAAACUCUCAAACUCUAAACUCUGACCAAGCCGUAAAUCUCUCAAACUCUUCAGCUGAAAACCCUAAUAAUCUAUUCAUAAGAUCAUCUUUCGAACUCUCAGAUCUCACCAAGUGGCAUAACUGCAAUAAUGAAGACUACCAAGGAAGCAGUAAAGAAGAAGUCGGUCAAGAAGUUUGUGAUAAAGAUGAAAAACAAAGAAAAACAAAGAGAAAACUCAACAGUCCCCAACUGAUGAAGCAUCUCCAUCUGAAAGCGCUUCACUCAGUUCAAAGUUCCAAUCCCCGACAAAUAACAAGUCCCCAACUAAUACUGCUGAACCAUCUCUAAAUAUAAUGCAAGUAAGGCGAUCACCAAGUAAAAAACAGUUUACAGAACCAAGUGAUGCAAUUUCUCCAACUAAAUGUGCAACAGCAACUCCAAAGCGUCGUCGACAGCCUCGAAGUGUUAAACUGUCGUCACCAACUGAUCCAGAACCAUAUCCUUCACCUGAAAGUAGGCGAUCAUCGCCAAGGAACAAGAAGUUAGCAGAAGAUAAUGUUGAACCAUCUCCAAAUACAAGGCAAGUAAGGUGAACACCAAGGAAUAAGAAAGUAACAGAACCAAGUACUGCAGUUUCUGCAUCUAUAUGUGCAACAACAACUCUAAAGCGUCGUCAACAACCUGACUUAGAUACUCUGUCGUCACCAGCUAGAAAGAGACAAGCGACUAAGAAGAAGAAUGUGUUAAACCAAUCUGAAAGUGCUCCACCUUCACAGUCAGCAACUACUAAGUCUCAUUCUAAAAGCUCUAAAGGAGAUGCUGGAAAUUCUGUAGUGAGGCAAAAGAAAGUAAAUCGGAAACUGGACACAAGCAACACAGGCCCAUGUCUGAAUGUUCAUCUUAGGGAUCCAAACAACUCACUUGCAGAUUUGCAAGAUGAAGAGGAAGAGGAAGAAUAGGAAGAGGAAAAUCUGCAGACCCGUAAAGCUGUACAUGUGGAAGAGGACAACUCUAAUCCAGAAAAUAUGGAGGCUGAUAUGGAUAAGGAUUUGGAGAAUGAUAAUAGUUCUAAUAAUGAGGAAGGUGGAGAAGGAAAAGAAGCGAAGAAAAGAAAGUAUGUUCCACGUGGCCCAACACAGAUGCAUGCGAUGAAGUUAGAUUCCAUUGAUCCGAAGAAAGAAGUUCCCUUCAACACAAAUGAACAGCCGAUUGGUGAUCAUUCUGCGCAACUCGCUAGUGUGCUAGGGGUGCUCGUUCGGAAACUUCUGUCAACAUUCAGGGAUUGGAGAGUUGUCCCUAGUCAAGCCAAGGAAAACAUAUGGAAGAUCGUCACGAACCGAUUCAUUGUGCCUGAGUAUUACAAAGACUACUAUUUUAGCAAAAUGGGAACUUAUCUCAGAGAAGCUAGGUCUAGGAAAGCCGGUUUGGUACUCGAGGCAUUCGAUCAGCUCCAAGGGGAAGAAAGAGAGAAACGGCUGGACAAGCUAAUGCCCAGGACCAUGACUGUUAGGGAGUGGGAAGAUUUUGUAAAACAUGUGGACUCAGCUGAAUUCAUAGUCAAAAGACUAAAAAUGCAACAAGUUCGAAACAAGUAUACCACCCCACAUAGCAUAAGUCGAUUAGGUUAUGCGGUUAUGCACGAUUGGAGGUGGCAUUGCAAAAAGAAAAAAGAACAACUGAAGAUAUUGAUAGAGCUCAUUUAUGGAAAGUUGGUCAUAAACAGAGCAAAGGAAAGAAACCACAUCCUGGUGUUCUAAAAGCUUUGAAAAACUUGAAAAAGCUCUAGCAGAGCAUGGUGCUGAUUGUGGAUCAUCCGUGACAGAUGAUCUUCUUGCAAAGGCCUUUGGCGAGGACAAGAAAACUAAAGGAAGACUUAAAGGAAUGGGUUUUGGAGCGACAUGUAAAAAGGUUGUUUCCCAGUCCCACUAUAAGUUGAUGAUUAGGGAGUGUCAGGAAUCCUGUAGAGCAAUGAAUGAUCGACUUGUGCAGUUAGAGGUGAGAAUUUAAUUUGUUGUCUAUUUGGUUAUCUUUUUUUGAUGAAUUCAAACUUCAUCUUUCCCGAUUUGGUCUUAAUAUGGGGAAGUAGAUCAAAAUGUGUCUGCAAUGGAGUCUCACCCUCUCACAGGUCAAGUCCAAAAGGCAUCAACAACCAGGAGUGUAUGUUGGUGAAGCUGUUGGAAAUUUUAUCACAUGGCCCAAGGAUCGAAUAUCCUACCAGUGGACUUCUUAAUCUUCUUUGAUCUUUUUGGAGUGUUCAGGAGACUUAAACUUUUCUUAACAAACAUCCAUAUCACUGCCACUUUUUGUAUGUUUGUGUAUUUCACUGGUAUGUGAAUGCUUUUACACUUUUUGUAUGGUAGUGCAUUACACUGAUAUGGGAAUUCUGUUACACUUUCAGUGGUUUAAUUUAAAUGAAUCAAUCUUUCAGCUCCAGAACUAA